AUGCCUAGUUUUUCACUUGGACUUGGUCUUGGUCUAACACAAGAGUUUCAGGAAGGAGAUGAAAGCAGUGAAGAUGAACCCAUGAAGAAAGAAAUAAAAAAUGAAAAACUUGAUGAAGGAGAAAGUUAUGAUUCAGAAGAAACAGAAUGUGACAAUAGUAUCUUGGGAAUUGAAGAUGACGAAGACAAAAAAAGAGAAGUAGGAAAAAGAUUAAAAAAGCCAUCACUGAAGCUAUCUUCUCCUUAUAAUAAAAAAGAGGUUUGUGCAUCAAAAUUUGUAGAUCCAGAUGAAGUAAAAGUAUCAGAUAGAAUUUUUUCCAGAAUUGGUAAUAGCAGUGAGAAGGUAUUUCAGACUAAGAGAGGUUAUAUGCUUGGAAGAGGAAUAAUUGAAACAAUGCAGGCAGGAUUAUGGGUACAUGCACAUGUCAUUGAUGCUUGGACUGAUAUUUUAAACUAUGAAGAAAAGCUUAAAUCAAAUUCUACAGUGAAUCGGUAUUUCUUUGAUACAUCAAUCGUGAGACAGUUCAUAUUUGACAAAUAUAUCCCUUUCAAUGAAAAAUUUGAUAAAUUUGAGUCAAAUAUCAAAGAUGCAAUGAAAAAGGACAAAGAACUUCUGACAUUUGAAAAAGUUCACUUGGUAAUAAACUACUUAGAGGAACCAGCGGUUGAUGUCAUUGACAAUAGGAAUUCAGUUGCAAAGUUUCCUAGAGCUUAUGGUGAUGCACCUAAUGAAUUGAAAAUACUUUUUAGUAGGUACUUGAUGAGGGUCAAUCAUAAAUCAGCUUCAACUUUGGAGGGUGUUGAACCAGAAAGGGUGAACAUGAAUUGGCGCACGAGGGAUAAUCAUGUUGACUAUGGAGUUUUUUGCAUGUGUCAUAUGGAGACAUAUAUGGGAGAUAAAACAGUAAAUUGGACAUGUGGGUUGCCAAAAGAAUCAAAACAACAACAAAGUGUGUUAAACGAGUUACGCAUUAAGUAUUUGACAAAGAUACUAUUGAGUGACACAAACACAUACAGGUCAAAAAUCAUUACACAAACAGCUAAGUUUGCAAAAAAGACUAAUGAAGAAAUAAAAGAUUUGCUCGACAAGGGAUGGCAAAAAAGGGGAGAAAGGAUAUAG